AUGUACGUUUUAUUCGGUAUCGUCCCGAUUCGUCGACAAAUCGGACACUUCAAAGAAUAUACAUCAAAGAAUUUCAAAGGCGGGAGGGGCGGUGUGAGAGUGUGUAAAUCGAAAAAAUCUAGUCCAGUUUUUCCAGGGAAUCAGCCGUAUUCCGGUGCGUAUCCUGCGUAUCCAAUGGCACCCCCACAAUAUUAUAACGGUUAUCCACCACCAUAUAAUUCACAGACAAAACGACCUCCAAAUAGCGGUCCACAACAACAAAACACUGGUUUACGACAACAACGUCAGAAUACUGAUUUACGACAACAACGGCAAAACACGAACCGUGAUACUGAUCCAGACUAUUUUGGUGAACGACAAAAUUCAAGUGUGUCAGGUGUAACUGCUCCUCAACAAUGGGACUAUGGAGCACCUAUGCCAUCCGUAUCAGAAUAA